AACACAAAUCCACAAGCUUUUUGUUCCAAUUUCGGUUGGGUUUUGCUGAGUUCUCUCUCUCAUGGCUUCAAGAAGGGGCGGAAGCAAGAGGAAACAGAUUGGGAGUUCUAGUGUCGGUGGCCAAGCCCAGGAGGAAGGGAAUAAAUGCAAAGCCAUGGUUGUUGGGGUGUCGUUUCAGUUUUCACCAAGGGAUAUUUGUGCUGUAUUAGAUAUACCUGAAGGAGGAGAUGAUGAGUUUCAAGAUAGAAAGGGGUCAAAGUCUUUUGUAAUUGCUAGUGAUCUUCUCUGCUUCGACUAUCUUCUUAACGGAAAAAGGGUGAAUCUUGGAAGAUUCAUUUUCUGGAGCUUAAUCAAGAAUUACUCCUCUGAUAUGGGUCUUCCGCAUGGUGCAUUGAUUACUAGGCUAGUAAAAAGGAACAACAUUGAUCUUGAAUCUUUUAAGCAUGGGAGAAUUAAAGCUGGGACAACUCUCACUAAAGCAUCCUUUGAAAAAAUGCAAGUUGUGUUUCGGAAUGGUAGUUGGACGAAGAAAGGGGAUCAAGCAAUGGAACAGCAAGAUGAUGAAGAAGAAGGUGAUACAUAUCAAGAAAUGGUAGAACAAGGGGAAGAAGAACAUGGAGGUGAUAGCCCAAGACCCUUUCAAGCCUCCAUGCAAAGGACAAACCGCGAAACCAUGGAGCUAAUGAUAUCUGAGAUACGUCGGAGUUCCAAAGCUGGCUCAAAGUUUUGCAGCCGGCUCUCGAGAAAAACAGAAUGGGCUGCAAUCCUGCUAAGCCGACUGUGGAAAUGGGCAUUUAAUGACCCCUAUUUUUGGGCAAGGGACUAUAAAUAUGGUUGGUAACAGAUCUGAAGAAGUUUAGAGAACAUUGCAUUGAAUAUCUUUACCUACCUACUUGAGCUUUAACUUGAGUUUUUUGAUCUUUGAGUGAUCAUUACUUGUAAUCCUCUUCUUGUUCUAUUAGUGUAUGUUCUUGGGGGUGUGAUUAUUCCUUCAAGAGUAAUCUAUUG